AUGCACACACACAACCACCACAUACUCACACGCCCACGAGCAUUCGAUGUGAUAUGUCAGGCACACAGGGAUCAGGAGGAUAUACACACACACGCACACGCACACGUACACGUACAUGCGUGUGUACGAGAUGGCGAUACGUUGGGGUGUGGGUGUGUGGGUGAGGGGUUGGGUUGUGGCACUGUGUGUAAGUACGGAGAGGAGGCAGGGGCCACGAGCCCCGGACCUUAUGCGGAAAUUCGGGCGGGCGCGUGGCGCAGGAUGGACUGUGAGGUGCAUGGCUCCGUGAGAGAGCGGGAGAAUAUGUACGCCAAAGUAGUACAGAAUACCCUCAGCAGACACAAGCGACGGAAGCGCGGGCCGAAUAAACGUAACAAGCCCAGUACGGGAACCGGUCCGGGUGCAAACGGCCCUAGUCCUAUCGAGGACAGGGACCCAGACCCAGACGAGAAGCUUGUGAGCGUGAGUGAUAUGGAGUGGGAGACAGAGCAGGGCUAUGCCGGGUGGUCGCCUGAGGUGCGUAAGGGGCAACACACCGACACAGACUAUGUGCGCCGGGGGGGUCUACUUACACUUAUGAUCAACGCGUUAGCAAACGAACCUGUAGACUCAACGUAUCGGUUCUGGAUGUCCUGUUGUGUGGAGACGUAUCUGCGCGGGUCGGACCCGGUUAACCAGUUGUUUGUGUUGAGAACGGGCAUCCUGGAGCAUCUGCUGGUACAAACGCUGCGCCACGAGGUUGGCCGGUUUACACAGGGGACUUUUGAUUUGAUGAGUGAGCUCAUUAAGUUCAACCCGAUUUGCUUUUUGGAAUUGGAGCGCCUGUUGACAGCCAAUGCGAUCCGAUUUCGGGCCAUUUUGGACCUUGCAUCGGAGAAUCUAGUGGAUUCCAACGUGUUUCUGCGUGCUAUAAUGAUCACCGUAGAUGCCUGUGCGGCUCAGGGGAAGGCGCCUGUAUGUGUGUGCACUCGCAAUGUAGGUAAGUGUGCGGAGGAGAAGGCUCGACAACGUGCCAGUGAGUCGUAUGACGACGCACAGACCCUCCGUUCGCGUGUAGGUGGGCGUAAGCAAGUGGGGGAUUGUGUAGGUAGGCGUAAGUCGAUCGGACUACCUACGCAAUACACGAGCAAGGAGGGUAGUGGACAUGAGGCCCAUCCGCCAUAUAGGCACCAAGACAGUCAACAUGCACAAGACAUGCACAAACAAGGAGCAGAAACACACACAGAGAAUGUGGGAGAGUUUAAGGAGGAUAUCCAACGCGUACCACAGGUACACGAACACAACCACAAACACAACUCAGGUGCCAAUGAUCAGGCGGAGUGUGUGGGUGGGUUUGAGGGUGGCCAGAGCUGUCGUCUGGGAGAAUGGGCCCAGGAAGCAGCAGAUACACAGCUAGCACACUACUUCUCACGACCCACACAACGCUUGAAGAUCCUGCAGAUGAUGGUCACCGCAGUGAGCUCAGCCUCUAUAACCAACGAUAACAUUUGCUGUGUAAACACCUCCAUGAUCAUCUUCAUACUCGAAGUGCGUCGUGGGCGUCUGAUGCGACUUAUACAAGGCUUGGUGAAGCACGACCGCAACAACUACAACGCCAAGGGAUCGUUUAUUCAACGGUUGAUAGAGUUGGUCACUUUCUGGCACGCGUACUACAAGGACCGAGAGAAGGAGAAGAAGUCUCUGGAGAUGAGCUCACGCGUGCAAGUGGGUGAGUGGCUGUAUGUGGCUCAGCUGCUGAUAGGAGACGAGGGCACGGGUGGACUGCUGCAUGACGCAGCAGGGAUACCCAUCGACCAAGCAUGAACUAGACACUGUACUGGGUGUAUUAGUGCACUGGGUGUAUUGGUAGGGAUGGGAUAGUGUUGAAGCAGCAGGGAUACCCAUCGACCAAGCAUGAACUAGACACUACACUGGGUGUAUUAGUAUGGAAGGGAUAGUGUGCACUCAACGGGUGCACACGUGGUCAAGUGGCUAUGUAGAUGCGAUAAACGUACGUACGGGUACAAGCUUAGAUACACAUGUGCAAAAAUGUGUACGUAGACGUUAAUUAUGAAGUAAUUAGUGGGGGAGGGUACAGUUGAACUACGCCAAGAACCCGCCGGUAAAUCAGUCAAUAAAGCUUGAACUGAAAGC